UUUUUUAUCUCGCGUCCCCAAGUUCCAGAAUGUCUUGAAUGCAUGAUUUUUAAUGAGCUAGGAAUGUGGAUUGUUUACUGUGGGAUCAGUUUACAAUAGGCAGUAAGUUCAGACAGUUCACAGUACCUAGGCACUUUUUGUUACGUCUUCACGAUUAUACGAGGCAACUGCUAUAAAAGUGGUGAAAUAAAAUACCCAUUUGGAACUCUCUGCGUAAGGUAUUGCACAAUGCAAAAAUGUAUUCAGACUUCGAUGAAAAAAUCUUUGAAAUUAAGAGUUAGCAGACGAGAGGUCACUCAGAGCACAUCUAUAACAAUCAAAGACAUGCCUCGCCCUAAAGAGAUUCCGAUAUUAGGGAAAGUGAUCAACUAUUUCAAAGUUGGUGGUGGAUUAAGAUUACACGAAUAUAUUGAUGUUCGUCACAAGGAACUAGGCCCCACAUUUUGCGAACGCUUAGAUGGGAACACUGACAUGGUUUUUACGAGUGAUCCUAAACUUAUGAAAGACCUCUUUUUGGGUUGCGAAGGCAAGUACCCGCAACACAUAUUGCCGGAGCCUUGGGUCCUUUAUGGUAAACUGUACGGAACUCAAAGAGGACUCUUCUUCAUGGACGGUGAAGAAUGGUUGCGAAACAGGAAAGUGAUGAAUAAGCAUUUUUUACGCGAUGAUAAUGAAACAUGGAUGAAUGCUUCUGUGGAAAAAGCCGUAUCUGAUUUUAUUAGCGCUUGGAAACAGAAAAACACGCCAUGUUUGGUUAAAGAUUUAGAAUCUGAGCUCUACAAUCUCUCAGUAAACGUUAUCAUAAAUGUGUUAGCUGGACAAGACUGUAUUGAAUUUAGUAAUCAUUACGACGAACUCGUGAGUAUAUUUUCAAAUUCUGUCAAGCAAGUAUUUCAUAACACCACCAAAUUGUACGGACUACCUUUGAAAAUAUGCCACCAACUUAAUUUUAAAGUAUGGAGGGAAUUCAAGUCAUCUGUCGAUCUUUCUUUGUCAUUAUCUACAAAAAUUGUAAAAGAACUAAUAAAACUCAAGAACACUAGCAACGGUUUGGUACAUAAACUAUCGAAGGAUAAUAUGAGCGAUGUUGAUAUUAUAAAAAUAGUUUCAGAUCUUAUAAUUGCCUCCGGUGAUACGACCGCUUAUACUUCGCUCUGGAUUCUCUACUUACUAUCAAAACAUCCAAAUGUAGUAGAAGAAAUUCGGCAUAAGGAUCGAAUAUACAUUAAUUAUGUUAUAAAAGAAGCGAUGAGACUUUAUCCAGUGGCUCCAUUUCUAACACGGAUAUUAUCAAAAGAUACUUUACUUGGAGAAUACUUUCUUACAGAACAAACACCAAUAAUUGCAUCUAUUUAUACAGCAGGUCGAGAUGAACAAUAUUUUUCAAACCCAAAUAGUUUUUUACCACAUCGUUGGGACAGAGCAGACGCUAGAAAGAAAGAUCUCAAUAAUCAUGAAGCCUCUGCAGCAAUACCAUUUGCUUUGGGUGUAAGAUCAUGUAUUGGAAAAAAAUUAGCUAUGCUACAAUUAAAUGAGGUUUUAUACCAGGUGGUCAAUAAUUUUGAUUUACAUAGUAAUAAUUCAGAAGUUAAAGCUGUUACUUCGCAAAUAUUGAUGCCUGAUGAAAAAAUCAACCUAAUUAUAACUUCAAAAAUAUGAUUAUUAUUUUGGUUCAGAAAUAGGCAGGUUACUGCAGUAAGCAUAAAAUAUUU